AAAUAGAAACUCGAUAUGACAACUGAUAAAAGUCAACCAGGUGUUAUUAAAAAUGUUAACCUGGUCAUUGAUCAGCUGUGAUCGAUAAGUGAAAUCUAAUUUUCCGUUUUGGAGCCGCGACUGGCGGCACAAGAUCAAUGAAGAAUGCCCGGUAUCAAAGCUUUCCCCUGAAGCAGGUAGAGUUCGGAACUGGCUGAUAAGGUAAACAAAGUGGUGGUUCUCCGAAACUGGAUACAACGAUUUGAAGUGCAAACCGGAUUUUAUGUGAAGUACACCAUCUUUGUAUCUAUAGACUGGGGGCGAGAUUUGUGUAUAUUAAGGGAUUAGAUUUUAAGCCUAAUUCCCGCUUUGUUCCAAAGAAGGAAACGCGAGGACCAGCGAACACCAUAGGCCAUGUUUUAUCGCAAUUAACGAUAUGCAGGAAAAUGAUAUUAAUUAAUUUCUACAUUAAUUAAUCAUCAGUAAGUGCUUAAUGGACAAAGAAGUGAAAAACUUGGCAUCAAUUUACUAAUUUUCGAAGACUUUCCAACAGGAUUAAUUUUUUAAAUCGUAGAACAAAGCUCUAAAUGCAGUUGCACACCACGUGAUUGGACCAUUUUUUCCAUGUAUUCUUAAUCAAAAGAAAAUGCUUUUGUCACCAAUUAUGCGUCACACAGGCGGCGUUUUCUCUCUGAAAUCUUACAGAGAAGACAAGUGAGAUAUUCUGUGGGAAAUCUUUUAAACUUUUGCAAUGCCAGCAUUAGAAACACCAAGUUUUAGUUCCUCUCGAAUACAGAGAGCUUAUAGAAUAAACAACAUCGAAUAUGCAAAACUCCAAGGAAAAUUAAAUCUACUGGAGAAGGAGAAAAUUCAUUCCAAACGAGUCAUAAACCAGGAUAUACGAUUGAUCUCUCUGACAUUAGACUACAUUAACAAUUGUAGCGGACACAGUCCUGAAGGCCUAGCACCGGAUUCUGAAGAAGAGUACGAACGAGAGGACGAAGGACCUUGCUUUAUGUACGGCGAAAGAAUCGUCAGCCGCAAGAAAAGACGGUUCAAACGUUCUCAGUCGGCAGCUGUUAACAGCAGAAGUUCCAGUAGUUUGUCAUCCAUUCCUUCUGCUUUACCCUCCGCCGUUCGCCCACAAAGCAGUCCUGUCGGUCGAGCCACUUUUGUGACGACUCUGCCGAAUAGAGACAAUGCAGGAGAAAACGAUCCCUGCUCAGAUAAAGAGUCGCUACAUUCCGAGAGCACGUCGUUAUCAUGGAUGUCUGGGUCGUCAAGUCUCACGAGAAAACUCAUAAAAGCAAAUCAGGGACGACCCAGACGAGAAAGUCUGCAUGAAAAAGGAACAAAGCGAGUGCGCAGUCAUAGUUCUGCAAAUAUCCAAUCACUAACAAGACAAUUGAUGCCACUUGAUGGUGGUAGCAAAGGAAAUGCUCGUGAGGAACGCCGCGCAUCUACGUCACUCGGAUGGAAUGCUGGGAUAUCCGAGAUUCUGAACCAGAGAAGACCUACUGUAACUUCUGAAGCGUGGAAAUCCCAUCUUGCUGGACAGUCUAAAUUUGGUGCUGCUCCCAUGUCAAUGGCCUCCCAGAGGCAACGAAUAAUGAACUGCAAACUGCAGAUUAACGAAGAACGAAAACAUGCUGUCAAUCAAAAGUUUAAAGAUUUUAUGAAAAAGAUUGGUUGAGGAUUCGUUUCACUUUUUAAAAGAACAUUUAACUUUGUCCAUAAAUGUUAUGUGCAUGAUGUAUGUCUUAUGUUUAAGAUUAUUUUUACACUUUUAUAUUCAGAAUUAUUUUUUGAAUGCAUAAAAGAGAUCAUACCAAUUUUAAUUAUGUUACAAUUUG